AUGGAACCCGGCAAAGCGAGCUAUAUUGAGGUGGAAACCACCAUUCCUGUCAUUGAAGGCUACCCCUCUCGUAUUGAAACUAGUCGUCUGCUCAUUCGACCACUGAUCUCAUCUGACCUGGACAAUUUGUGGUCUUUGAGACGCGCAGCUGCAGUUAUGAACCCCACAGGCCGCGGAAGACCAGAUUCUGACAUUGAGGAAACAAAGGAGGAGCUCUCUGCUCUGAGAGGUCCGUGGUAUAACUCGCAUCUGUAUUAUGGUAUAUUUCUCAGAAAUCGCGAUGGAGUAGAGGGCGACUUGAUUGGGGAUGGUGGGGUUCGACAACUCUUUGAUACAGAGAGUGGUUGGCCUGAAUUUGGCUACAAAUUCAAGGAAGAAUACUGGGGCAACGGUUACGCGACCGAGUUCGCCAAAGCUUUUCUGGAGGUUUGGUGGGGCCUGGCACGUCAACCUUCAAAACUUAGCAUUCACCCUGCACUACUUGAUCAUUACCACUCGCUGAACGCGCGAGAGCAGCUAUAUGGAUGGUCGAGGGUAACCAAUAAGGGCAGCGAAGGAGUCCUGCUGAAAUUGGGGUUUCGGUAUCUUUGUGAGCUGGACAAUAUGGUGCCCGAGUGGCGAAUAGCGUAUCAAAUACAAAACGAGUAA